ACGGCCUGGCGGGUUACGAGGUUACAAGUAGUAAUUACUAGGAAUUAAAGAAUUGAGGUAAAGCUGUGGCCUUUGGUGAGUUUGGUCGUUAGAUGAGCGGGGGUGCGAGGCAGCAGAAACUAAUACCCCCAGCUUACAGGAGAUUUGAUUGGUCAAUCCCACAAAUCUGUGGAAACAACACUCGAUCCAAGCCGACGAAAAUGGCAUUGCCAAUUGCUGGUCUCAACACUCUAUCCGCUGUUUCUUUCAACUCUACUCGCCGGCUGUCUAUAUCCAAGUUCUUCGUUUGCUCUGUUCCCAUCAAAGAGGGGCACAUCCUUAAAACCUCUUCCAGUAUUAAUCUCAGCAACAAUGGCUCGGGAAGAUACAGGGCUGUGUCAGUUCAUGCCAUGGCUUCCUCUUUUGGGUCUCGACUUGAAGAGAGCAUCAAGAAGACUAUUGAUGAGAACCCGGUUGUAGUUUAUUCCAAAACUUGGUGCUCGUAUUCUUUGGAGGUGAAAUCGCUGUUUAAAAAGCUCGGCGUGCAGCCAUUGAUCAUUGAAUUGGACGAAAUGGGUCCACAAGGGCCACAGUUGCAAAAGGUAUUGGAGAGGCUUACAGGUCAACACACCGUGCCAAAUGUUUUUAUUGGUGCGUACCUUUUUCAUUAUAUAAUUAUUCUUUAAUGAUAUGCAUAGGCAAUAAAUACAACUCUCAUAUCAGUUGGAGAUUUAUUCGCAUUACGAUAUCUGCCGUUUCUUUUGUAGCUGCCUGGCUGGGAUGCUGACAAAACAUUUCUGUUGAUAAUCCCUACACUUUAGAGUUUCGAUUCCUUUUGAAGGACUUUUGUUUUGGGGGCAUACUGGAACCUUGUUGAAGAUGGAAAAUAUUUGGAUUUAGCCUGUGUCAUUGGCUGCAAGAUGCCUGUUUUUUAGUUUUUUUUUUUUUUUGGGUGUGGUGUCAUAUGCCUUUGCCACAUUGCAAAAUAUUUGAUUAGUGGCUAGAAUUUGAUAAGAAACAAAGCUUUAGUCAUGGAUACGUUGAUAACUGAUUAAUUGUUCUCUCCUGCUCCUGCCUCAGACUGUUAAUUCUGAUUUUGAUCCAGGGAGGCAGGGAGUGAUACUAAAGAUUCUGAUAUAAGAUUAUAUGAGUAUCUGCUUUUUGAUGUCCCCCAGUCUCAGUUCCCAGUUUUAUUUAUAAAUUAUGACAUGGGUCUGGGUUGUCAAGAAUUAUUGGUCAAAAAAGGCGGGGAAAGGUUAUAAAAAUUUUGUUAGAUAUUGCCAAACCUCCUGCAAACUUCCCUGUUCCUGUAUUCUGAGUCUGGCAAAUUUGUGUUGGUUUAAAGGAUGGGCAUGGCUUGUUAAAUCAUAUAUGCAUCCAGGUCAUAAAAAAAAAUGCUUCUAAUUUAAGGACAACAAACUUGGCUUGUGUGUGUGUUAUUAAAUUACUUGUGAAACUAAGAGCCUGUAUUUUUACCCAAAAAACUUGGGACUCUGUGAUGCACGCCGAAAGAAGAAAAGAGAAAAAGGAUAUUCGCUCAGCUGAGGAACGAAUACUUAAGUCAGAUAAAUCAGAGUGCCAUCAGGAAGCUUAGCACAGAAAUAGUGAAUAGUGAAAUCGUAUUUCCAGCCUGAAUGAGCACAGUGAUAUAUGGCUUAUCCAGGUGAACUAGCCAGCCAUACAAUGACACGUGUCCCUAGAGAAUCUCACACAAAAAUUCACAUACAGCAAUUUACAUGCCUUUACAAAUAUCUACAGGGGUAAUGUAAAGAGAUAAAUAACAUUCUGCCCUUGAUAAAUAAACCUUACUGUCGUGACAAAAGUAAGAAUUAUAGACUAGACUAAUUCCUUAUGUGCCUUGAAUAAGUUAUUGAAUGCUUAAAAUUAAAGUAUCACCCUCCAUGAUUUCUCGAGCAAGCAAGAGUAGGUUACAUAGCAAAUCUACUUUUGAUGUUUUCAUUUGGAUAGAAUUGAUAUUACUUAAAA